AUUGCUGAGAUGUUAAUGUAAUUGUAUGGUGAGAGAGAAACGAGAGAUGCCCAUUCCUACAGCUGGUGCAGCCCUGCUGAGAGUGGAAGUCGGUGACAUUAUUUCAGUGUCCUCUGAGCACACUGCCCCAGAGCUCCGCCUUCGCUUUUCUGCUCCUCCGGGUGACCCAGGGCGUGGAACGGCCCAAUGUGUCCACAGGCAGGAACCUGCAGCAGCUCCUCAGGAAAGGGCUCAUUUCAAAGCAGUGCAGACACAUAGUGAGAUUUUUCAAAAGUUUGCCACAUAUCUCAUAUGCAUUCUGGAAGUAUACCUACUUGAAAUUAAAACAGUUACAUGAAGCCCUCUCUCUCUGUGCAACACCGCAAGAACUGACGUAGUGCGUUGGGUUCUUGCCUAAAGGGAAUGUUCCCUGAGCACUUUACCAAAUGUCUUCCUUCUCGAGGUCCCGCAUCCUCAGGGCACAGCAUCCUGAGUACGUGGCACUGCUGAGAGGGGCAGGUCUUCCCAUCCAGUAGGAGCAGUGGUUCCUGCAACAGGAGCGCAUCAGACAUCUUGCAGGCUCCUCUGAACAGGACCCAGUUAGCAGCUGGCCUAAAAAUGAGAGUACAGCCCCACAUGUCUGGACCAAAUCUGCAUGUCUGCAGCGUCUCUCCGAAUUAUUUAAAAAUGAACGUUCCCAUCCAUGUGCUGUUCAGAUGAAGGGGUGGGUGGGCAAAGCUAUUGUACAACAUCUGUUUUUCCCUCCAGUGUUCCAGGGAUGAUUCUUUUGGCACAGGCUGAUUCAGAUGGUGUCCCACGCAUGGAUUCUUUGCCUCUGUGUGGUGUGGGCCGCAGAUAAGGUUUGCUGCCUGGUUUGAGGUGGUGCGCUGUAUACUGAAAGCACUGAUUCCUACAGACUGCAGAAGACCACCUUGAAGAUGAGCACACAAAGAACCUGCAGUCUGCGCUCUCUUCUUUCCCUUCUCUCAACCCUUGGGUAACUUAAAUUCCCAUUUUUCUGUACACUAGUACACCGGUUUGGCUGGGAAACUGUCUGAGAGAAGGAAUAUGCUGCUGCCAGAUGCUCUUUUUUAAAUUCUAACACAGUUGUUUUUCUCUUCACUUGAUAAAGUUAAAAUAAAUAGUCUCUGGGGUGAAUUACAGGCAUCAAAAUUGGAUUGGCAUACAAACUAUGGAGCAGUUGGUGGUUGGGAGUCUGGGGAAAAAGAAACAGCAGGUUUUAGCUAGAGGGGACAACAGCUUUAUUUCCCUCUUGGUCCUUGACAACCAAGCAGAUGUCCUACAAUUAUUGUUUUACCUUCUAGUAAUGCAGUGUCUUUUCCUAUCCUCCCAGGUAUGCGGCUGGUUCUCCUGCAGAUGUGCAGGAAGGGCUCUUCCCUCAUUCAAAGCUGUCUUGGUGCACCACGAGCUCCAUCUAUUGCUGGUUAACGCUGGCUGAGAUUCAGAUAAACACUUGUUUCUUUCUCUCAGCCUGACUCGAUACCUGUUUCCAGUCCCACAUAUGUAGGUACACAUAUGUGUGGUCUUAAGAAUGUUUUCUGAACAUCUUGCAUAGGCUUUUUCAUACCUGUUGUCUUGCAGACUUUGCUUCUGGUUUGAUGCCCUUCACUGUAUACACAGAUGACUUGCGUGAGUUUUCUACAGUCCUCCAGAGACCUCCUCCAGGCAGCAGAAUGUCUGAUUCCCUCAUGCUUAAUGCCUGCAGAACUCAUGGGAGGCUGUACUGGGUCCCUGCACCAGCCAACCCUGUGUGUGGCUGUGGCCAGAGGCAAUGCACAUUGUCCAGAAGCUGAAAACACACAGUGCUGUUGGGCUCGAACCCUCACCAUGGCCGUCGCACACAUAUUGCAGCAAAUACAUCCACGAGUUCCCCAGAGAACCAGCAGUGACUGUCAUGUCCCAAGGUGAACUUGUGUUAGGAGUGGAGCCAGGUAGAGAUAAUCACUGAACUGGAGAAUAACUGCACCAUGUGUCUCUCCUGCUCAAAAUCACUCUAAUUUCCAACAUCUUGCCUCAACCACGAUCUGUUAACAAUCCACAGGCCAAGAAUCUGUCAGAGGAAUUUAAAUACAAUUCUGACAGAUCAGAACAAGAGAGACUAAAACUUUACCAACCUGUGGCUUUCUUCUAAGGCUAAUCAAGGAAGCACUCACCCAGGUUGGGACAGAAGGUGGUCUGUGAUGAAUUUCUGUUGUGUAACUUCUUGUUUCUGAAAGGAAGAGAUCUAUUGGAGGUGUUCAGACUCACAGGAAAUAGAGAGUUGACCUAAUCCCAGAGGGUUUAUUUACUAAAAACUGAAAGAAGAGAUUGAAACUGGGAGAGUGGCACAGUCAAGGGGUGAUGCACUGAAAUAUGGAGUGAGUUUCCAAGAUCUUCUGAAAAAAAAACCAAUUUUCUGUAGAGGGAAGAGGAGCUGGCAGAGAUACAGAAGCAGAAGUAGACCAUCCCCCUCUGCAAGGGGGACAAGGGAAGUGCAUGGGGAGCCCUUUGCUUGCUGUUAGCUAGAUGCUGUAGGAUGCUAGAGAGGAAAGUCCAAUGCUUAUCUUAAGGUAUUUUCUAGAAUUAUGGUACUCAGAUCAUUGUGCUGUCUAUCACUUGUCAAUACUGUUUAGGACAAGUGCCUGAAAUUCUCAUGUUCUGUUGACAAUUGCACGAGUCCUUCUGUUAGUAGUGUCGGAGUAAGUUUUCAGCUUUAUUUAGGCUCUGGCAGAACAAACUGGCAAAACUACACAAUUGGGAAGGAGGAAGAGAGCUUCAGCUCUGAAGAGCCCCUGUGCAGGGAGAUGCAGGACCCUCCGCCCAGCCUGGGGGCUCCAGGGACGUGCGGUGGCCAUGGGGCUCCCUGCAUCCCCAGUGCUGCCCCCGCCUCACGCACUGCCUGCUGCCACGGGUCUCCCAGCACCAGUUCUUGGAUGCAUGCAUUAAUGUUGCACCCGGGAUUAAGAAGGAGAGGAUGGGUCAGAGCAGAAAGAAGGGGAAACUUCCUCCCAGCUGCAUGUGCCAGUCAGUCCAAAGCACUGCUCCAAAACUGCAGAGAAACCUGCAGCUCAACCGGACACAAAAUGCUUCCUCUUUCUCAACAUCUGCAUUCCUGUAAGUUGACGUAGAGCUGCUUAUGGCAGUUGUUUGUAGACCCUCCCUUCUGUCUUGUGCCUGAGAUGAGUAGCUGCAGUGUAAAGGUGCUUUCUCUAUGGCCAAGUUCCUGCAGCAAAACCCUGGGCCAUCUGCUUAGCGGUGUGCUGCGUGAUAGCUGGAGCUCUGGUGUUGCACAACAGUCGUGUAUGGAAAGCUUUAGUCUUUAAUGUGAAAAAUGGGAAAGACAGAUGCAAUCUGUGUCUAACAUCAUUCUCACGGUUAUUCCUCUCAUCUGGCAGGAGCUCUCCUGCUGCUGCCUUCCCUCUGUGUGAGCAGCAGGGCCCCUGGUGCAGAAAGCAGGUGCGGGGUCCCUGUCCCUGGGUCUCAGGGAUGUCAGAUAUCAGCUAGACCUAGGGGACAUUUGUGAACCUGAGCUCAUGCACGUUGCCCAGCCCCACUGCUUCAGAAUGGACCUCACAGGAGCAGUAUUUUAAAAAGUUUUUGCUAAAUGUGAUUACAGGUUAAAGAAGAUCCAUAGCAGGCGUCUGGUGAAACCAGCAAAGUACUUUCAUGAGAAGACUAUGGAAAAAGGUUAUCAGAGAGAUUUAGUGUUUCACAAAGGAUCAGGACCAAACGCCCUGCCUUGGUGGUAGGAGGAUGGGAGAUUUAGGAGCAGUUAGCAGCUUGGGCAAAAAACAAAGAUGAAUAAUAACGGCAGGUCCUAUUUUUUCCAUUAGAAGUUCCUAGGCUACACAGAUUUGUUGUAAAUGAUGACACUGAAUAACAAGCCUUGCCCAAGCUCUGCUGAAAAGCUCUCUAACAUCAGCAGCCGAUGCCCUCCUGUGCGGGGACACAAUUGAGUCUGCUCCUCCAGACAAUGCACCUGUCACUGGAAAACAGAGAGCUGGCAAUUAGCAGGGGAGGCUCUGCGCUGUGCUUUCAUCCCAGACAAUGAGAAGGGCCUGGAAGAGCACGAUUAAGGCUGGCAUGUCCACAAGAGAUUGUUGAAACAAUCCUCACUGAGACUUCUGGGCAUUUGAAAACACAAAAACAACAAAAAUACCCGGUUAAAUCUAACUCUACAGGCAAGUCUAGAAAGCAAAAUAGCACUGGAACUGGAUCAUUUGCUUUGGAAAUACAGCUCUGAGGUUGUGCAGGAAAGACUUUCUCCUCAACGGAGAGAUCUUGUAGUUAUCAGUGGUGUAUCACAGGAAAUGAGCAGCACAGGGGAUUCAGCACAUGCAGCUGCAGCGGGAGCUGUGCGCUGCUUAACCAGGGCUGGGCGAAGCAUCGCCAUCCGGGGAGGGCAUGGGGAGCAGCCCUCUAGCCAGCUCAUGCAAGUGCUGAGCCCUGGGCAGGGCUCCAUACUUGGCCCUCUGAACGUUUAAAACUCUCCCAAAAGAUGAAGUCUGCAGAGGCCCUGAAAGCUGUGCAGCCACCAAAAUAGUGUCAGCUACAUCUUGUGACCAGUUCUGAAACUGGAAGCUGCCCAGCUCAGCCUUUUAGAGCUCUGCCAGAACAGACAGGAUUGGUCAGCAAGUCUCAAACUUUUUCUGUUGGUGGAGGAAUUCUUCCAGCUCUUAGGCACCAGAAAAGUCACAGAGGUAAAUUAGGAAAAUCUCCUUGCUACCAGCUCUGUCUUCUCAGGUAUAUGAUUCACGAUUGCUGCACGCUACGAAGUAAUUCCCACCGUGGGACUUCAGUUACACGUGUCCAGCUGCAUCUCAGCAGCGCAAAGGGUGCAGAACAGGCAAGGGCGGCACAGAUAUUCCGCCCAGAGCUCUCACACAGCUUCCUAUUGCAAGCAGCUCAGGUGCGACCUGUGCGCUGAGGGCAGGCCGGUGCUGGCAGCGGGGCACUGAGGCUGCAGGGAGAAUUGUGUGUUUUGCUGUGUGAGGGAGUGCGCCGGUGCAGACAGGCUCCUGAGACCUACGUGCCUGGGUCACUCUGUCCCCUUGGGCAGAUGGGGCUCUUCCUGCCUCUGAACUCGUGCCCUCUCCCCUCACUUCAAGCGGUGUGUAUCCCUGACAUGCCAGGCUCUCGAUGUGAAGCUUGUAGCAUCAGGAAGUUUGGUCAGCCCUGAUGUGACAGACUUGGAAGGAGAGUGGGAGAGAAAAUAGAAGUAGACAAAUAAUGGGAUUGUCACACAUGUCGGUGUCUGGCCAUGAAACCAAGUCACUGUAGACCUUUACUGUACAUAAUAAAGAAGCUUGUGUGGAAACUGGAAGAAUUAGCUGGAACAGGCAUGCUCGUGCCUUCUGCAGAGCCGUGAAUGUGAAAUUACAUCCACAAUCCAAAGUCCAAACAGCAAGUUGUGCAUUUGCAGCCUGCUGCUUGGCUGUGUAACUACAGACCAGGCUUUGGGGUGAUGUGUGCAAGGAUGCUGAGUGGUGAUACUAUGUCUUCAUCCAGAGGAGGUGAACGAAUUGUGUAGAUUUUUGCAGACACUGAUGCUUCCAAUAGCUCAGUCCAUGUGAGAGUUAAUGUUCACAAGCAAGCAAGUUAGUGGCUUGCUCUGAGUGAGAUGGGAUGUCCUGGGCUGAGGUGUCCCUGCCAGCCGGAGCAGCAGGAAGUCGUGCCAUGAGUGGAUCACUGCAAUGCAGAUUUCCAAAUACUGAUUAAUUGCUUGCUGGAUACUGAGGGUCUUUCUUCAGGAGAGCUGACCUGGAGGUGCUGCAGGAGCACAGCCAGGCGCCGUGGGCCUUCCACCAGUGGGGGAAGCAGGACAGCCAGCCCACAGGGGCGUGGGAAGGACAGAAGAGUCUGUUUCAGGGAUAUGUCAAAUAUUCAAGCUGAGAACACGCUCAGAAAUCCAUUAGUCGUCUUGCUGUUGCAAUGGUAGAUGGUCCAUUCUCAGCCUUAAAUCUGCCACAGACUUUAAUUUGUGGACGUUACAAACUGCCAACUUGCAAUGCUUUAUGCUAGGGUGGAUGGCAUUUAGUGAAAGCUUUGUUAGUGAAACUGAAAAGCAGAAGUAUUUGCGGCCUGUAAAAGCAGUCUGGAGUUUUAAUUUUGGCAUGUGAGAGACAUCUGGGCUCUGUACUUACCAAGAAAGUGUCUGAAUUUGAGGAAGCAGAAGGUUUUCCUCUUUGAAUUUUGGGUGGUCCUGUAUGGAGCCAGGGGUUGGACUCAAUGAUCCUCGUGGGUCCCUUCCCACUCAGAUAUUCCAUGAUUCUACUCUUCUAAGGUUCAAAUCCUUGCCUGUGUACUCACAAACAGCACAAAUGUCCCCUUUCAAGUACUCAGUGUAUGCCGAAAGAGAAGAAGCAACUGCUUCACUUUCCUUUUUGAAUAAUAAAUAGUGAGACAGGUCAAGAUGGUUUGUUAGGAUGGAGAGUGUUGUUUCAGGUCCUCCAAAGCCCCGUGGCAAGUGCCCCUUGCAGAAGCAAAGGGAAAUCUCCAUAUGCAGAUAAAUGAGGAUACCAAGGAAUCUUUGAAUUGCAGAAUUGAACUGUAGCAUUCAUUUCAGUGUGAGACAUCAGCACAAACAGCAGGUUGGGAAAUUUUCAGAUGUGUGAAACUAAAAUAAUUAGUGGGCAGGAGGUAGGUCUGAAUCUUCUCUCCUAAUACCUCCUAAGUCAGCACUUGACAAGCCCUGUCUCUAGUGAAUCUAAUUCAAACAAAAUUUGGGAUGCAAUAAACUCAGCGAGGAGGAGCUGGGUCUGAGAGGUGACGAGUUUUGUGCAGUAAAAAGUGGGGGAGAAUAACAUCUACAGCUGGGCUAGGGAGAUGUUGUUCUGAAGGAUAACUCUGCAAGGGACAGGCCUGCAGCAUGAUCUAGUGAUCUUUGACACACACAUCACUCUGUUCCAUUUUUCAAUACAUCUUAUUUAGACACGUGGCUUUCUACUCCACUUGGCAACUAUUUGAUUUAUAAAGAUUAACGUGUUGCUAGCCCAUGUGCUGGAAAGCUCUUCCAUGGGUUGUGUGAAAGUUGUGCCUUGAGGGAGGCAGACCAGGGUUUCCUAGGUUUCCUAGCUGGUAAGGAUAACACUUCCUAAAAUGCACCUGAGCUGAUUUUUUUAAUUGACUACAUGUAAACAGAAUUGCAACCUAUUUAUAAAUAAGCUAACCCAGAGUGACAGCAUCACCCAAACAGCACAGCACAUUUUGCCCUUUGCUCAUCUGCUUAUUAAAGAGAUUUGCAGGCAUUAAAAGUACACUGGGAUUUCACCACCUUACUCUUCUGAGGUCACACCUCUACUGGCCAAGGUCUUGUUGCACUGGAUGGACAUCUCUUAACACUAAGAACUUUGUUAUUUCUAAUUGAUUUUGAGAUGUAUGGAAUGAAGGCUGACUUUAGGAACUGCAAAUGCCUUAAGGAGACAGCUGACUGUCUUGAGUAUUUGCUUUGUGUGAAUUAGUACAGAUACAAUGAUGAAUUACCAGAACUGGCGGUGAUGACUCCGCUGCCAUGGCAGGAAGCAAACAGACUGCAGAGCCAGCAUGCGUGUGUGGCUGCAGGACAGCCUCUGGGAACAGAGGCAUCCAGAGGAAGUUUCCAGGAGCCCAGACCUGGGAUCCCACUUUCUGGACUUGCCUGGGAGCCUGAGCUUCGGGGCCCUACAGGGCAGGUGUGGCUUCAGGUGAAAGGACAGUGAGGUGCCAGGUACCAGCUUCCAUGUGGUUGGGGCUGCUGCUCUUCCUUUGCAAUGCCUGCAAAGCGUUCUCAGCAAAGCCUGCUGGAGCCAACCUCGAUUCCUUCCAAAGCACAGAAGUCUGAUUUGAAAGUCCAGUGUGUGAUUAUAGGAAUCGGUUCAAAUUUAAACCUAAAGAACGUGUGCAGAUGAGGUUAUAAACUCAGGCGGCAUUCACUGAACACUGGAAACUUUUCUUCACCUCUCUGCACACGCACAGAGGAUGCUUUCUGUAGUAAAGAGGCAUGAGGCUGGAGGCUGUGGUCUGGAUUCUAGUUGUAACUUUAUCAGGGAACUACAGUUAACGCCACUGCAAAAAGUGGGUUCAUUCAGUCUGAAGCACGGGCAUAAAGAAGGCAGUUUGCUAUCUGCUGGGUAACUAACUCUUAUUAAACCUUACCUAGCUGUGAGUUUGAAAAACACUUUGCACUUUUUCAUCUGAAGGUCCUCGGUCUCGACUUGGACGCUGCCCGUCCCCUUCGCUCCCUCCAUCACCGAGCUGUGUUGGCAGAGCUGCCGGGCGCUGCAGAGCCCCUCGGUGCAGCCCUGGGCGCUGUGAGCCGGCUGCGUGCGCCAGGGCCGCUUCCCAACUGGCGGCGGUGACUAAGCGGCCCCGAGCAGCUGCCUCAAAGGUCCAUUCUUCUGUGAGAUUUAUUGCGGCAAGCAGAGGCGCUGGGAUGUGAUAAUUGCCUUCAUUCCCGGACGAAGACCCUGAAGAACAAAAGCCAGUUGCCCGUGAAUCCAUGGUGUGAUUCAAGCAUUCGCAGAGAGGGAGGAGUGGGAACUGUGCGUCUGUUGCUGUAGCAAAAGUGAAUGGGCAUUAAUCAAAAGGGCAGCUCGGCCCUGCGAGGCGGCUGCAACGCUGCCCAUGGCGGUGCCCGUGGUCCUCCAGCCCUCGCGGGCUCGGCGCUGGCCUGCCCCGGCCCUGGGGCUGCUGCGGGCCCGGCACUGAGGGGAUGCCAGCGACGUGAAGCUGGGGGACGUCACUCAAGGGCCGCGCCGACGGUGCCGCUGGAGCUCCUGCCUCUGUGAGCCUGCCCCGCUCCGCGCUGCUACUGGCUCUGCCCCACCGGUCAUCCCUUCAGAGCCGAUCUUCUUCACCCGGACCUCCUGAGCACGCUCCUGUUCGACACUCGCUGCUGUAAGGAUCCCCGACUUUCCGAGGAUAACGGCCCUGCUCCAAGGAUUCUCUUUCUGCGGGAUGCUUCUGCCUCUGCAGGGCAGCUCCGGUAACACCUUGUUUGCUCUUGCGAGGGCUGGAAGCUUACCAGCUGGUCAGCAUGAGAGACUUGAGGCCCGACUCUUGGUUCCUCAGCUUUCUGGUGAGUUUUACAAAAAUUUUAAUAAUGUGAAUAUUUGAGAUAAUGUCAGUGCUUUAUGGGAGUGAUACAGAACAGCCUCUCCAACAGGUCGGCAGUCUGUCCAGGAGCCUCUUUGCCUCUGCAGCCCUUGCUGAGAAUCAGACUUCUAAGGGUUUUGCUCCUGUCACGAUAGAGACCUUGAGACACGUGUACGAAUAUGUGCCCACUGCUUUGGACUGGUGGCACGCAGAUAGGUUCUGCGAUCAGCGCUUUGCUCAGCUGCUUUUUCAGCCCCCAGGCAGUGAGCAAUUGUCCUUCAGCAAACUGCUGCAGUCCCACCACGUCAGGGGUUCUGUCUGGCUGAACGAAAGGGAUGGGGUCGUGCACAAACCAAAAUGGAGACGGAACCAUAUUGUGCCAGUCCUGGUGUUUGGAGACAAAACAGACACAAAAUAUGUGAAGGUGCUCUCUGACUUCCCAGCGCUGCCUGCUGUCACAGCCUGUGCCCACCUCCAGUGGGACACCAGGACUCAGGAGAUUGCUACUGUCUUCUCCUACGCUGUGCCAGAUUUUAUUAACGAAUUCCAGCUCCGUGGCUUUGUCGAUGAGGAAGGCUUUGUUAGAUUUGCUCUCAUUGUCCAUGGGCACCAUUCCCCAUACCUGCCCGUGUUCCGUGCGGAUGGACAGUGGCAUCACUUCUGUGUGACCUGGCAGCAGGAAAAUGGGACCUGGGCCAUCUAUGCUGAUGGUAAAAGGAGGGCAUCUGCCAGCGGUCUGUGCGCUGCGGGGCUGGCUGCCCCCCAGGCCAUCUACGGCCAGGGCACUUUCAUAAUUGGGCAGGAUCAAGAUUCCCUGGGGGGCACCUUCAAGGCAAAAGAGUCCUUCAGUGGAAACAUCACAGACUUGCACAUCUGGCAGAAAAUCCUGAGCAUGGAGCAGAUUGAGAAUGUUCGGUCGUGCUGGAUGGUAGAACAAGAGCUUGUAUUUGGGUGGAGCUUGAAUGCUCUGGAAGUUGAAAGCACUGUUGAGGAAGUGACUGCACAGUUUCUCUGCCCAGGGCCUGUUGAGGAAUGUCGAGUUUUUGAAGUUGGCAGCAGUGGAUUCCGCCACACGUCUUGUUUGCAGUCUUUGCCUUUUAUCUGUCGCUACAGAAAGGAUGCAUAUUGGCAACUGAAAAAAGCUCAGCUGGAAUCCAGCCAUUUGCUUGUCAGCCGUGUGAACACGCUUGCAAAGAGGAUGGUGCAAAUUCCUGAGAACAUCUUCACAAGUAACAUCCGAGACAUGAACCUCUCUGUCGCUCUCAAUACUCUUGAUGCCCUGGCAACUGUCCUGAGGAAAGAAGAGACACCUGUGGAGUCCUCUGACCUCCUCUUGGUGCUUCAGUUACUAAAGCAAGUUGCUGAUGUGGAAGUCCAAGAGAGAGAGGAGCUGGAUAUGCUGGAGCAGUUGGGCCAGUAUUAUGUGGAAGUGACUGAGUUAAUCCUGGAAGAGCAGAAUAUUGAAACAUGGUCAUCUAUUAGCCAGGCCGUCAGAGGGCCUAUGGCUGUUGUUGAGCUCUGCGACAGAGUGGUGUCACUCUUGGCCCCACUGCUGACCUCAGGGAGGACGAAGAUCACAAUCCAGCAUCGAAAUGUUGGGAUGGAGGUCAGGAAGCUGGAGCUGAGCAGUCAGCAGCUGAGCAGUGAGGCAUACCUGAUCCAGAGCCCUGAGGAGGACAGGCCUGACUUCAUUGAAAUUCCUGUGGAAGAGAUGCAAAGACUGAAAGCCAAAGGUCUCCGCAGGGUCACAGUGAAGAAUAUGUGGUUUGGCUAUGGCUCCCUGCAGUGCUGUCUGCCCAGCCCAGGCAGCAGUGAUGCCUUCCAGGAUACGACUGCCUCCGAUGGAGGAAAGAAGUACCUGAGCACUGCAGUGGGCACUGCUGUCAUUUCAUCCACCGUGCUCAGCGACUACCAGGAGAUAAGCACCUCUGUGCGCUACCGCCUGCAGCACCACACCCAGGACCUGCCUGAUAAGCUGGUGGGGCCCAUCUGUGCCUUCUGGAACUUCAGCCUCAGCCCAGAUGCUGGUGGGAUGUGGUCAACAGCUGGCUGCUCUGUGGUGACAUCUCUCUCAGACUCCACUGUCUGUUUUUGCAACCACACCACAAACUUUGCUGUGCUGCUGCAAGUGUACGAGAUGGAGAGGACCACCAAGGAGGAGCUCACACUACAAACCUUGACUUUUAUUGGAUGUGGAGUUUCCUUCUGUGCCCUGGUUGUUACCUUCAUUUUAUUCCUGGUAGUUGGUGUCCCCAAGAGUGAACGAACAACUGUGCACAAGAACCUGAUCUUUGCAUUAGCUGCAGCAGAAGCUCUGCUCAUGUUCAGUGAAUUGGCCAAGACCAACCAGGUGCUGUGUUUCACGGUCACCGCCUUCCUUCAUCUCUUGUUCAUGGCAGCCUUCUCAUGGAUGCUGGUUGAGGGGCUUCUCCUGUGGAGCAAGGUGGUAGCAGUCAACAUGAGCGAAGACAGGAGAAUGAAAUUCUACUACGCGACAGGCUGGGGCCUUCCAGCCGUUAUCGUUGGUGUGACCCUUGCAACUUCCUUCAAUAACUAUGUGGCAGACAACUACUGCUGGCUGAACGUUCAGACCAAUGUCAUCUGGGCCUUUGUUGGGCCCGUUCUGUUCAUCCUGACAGUGAACACCUUUGUGCUUUUCCGGGUAGUGAUGGUGACUGUGUCCAGUGCUCGCAGGAGAGCGAAGAUGCUGACACCCAACAGCAGCCUGGAGAACCAGAUUGGAAUACAAAUAUGGGCCACAGCCAAACCCAUCUUGGUGCUGCUGCCUGUGCUGGGGCUGACAUGGGUAUGCGGGAUCCUUGUUCAUCUCAGCAUUAUUUGGGCCUACAUCUUCAUUGUGCUCAACUCCCUCCAGGGCCUUUAUAUAUUCCUGGUCUAUGCAAUCUAUAACAGUGAGGUGCGGAAUGCCAUCCAGAGGAUGAAGGACAAGAAGAAAGCACUUUCAUUCACAAACUGCUCUCAUCCCAUCAACUACUUAUCAAGUCCAAGAAACACCACCUCCUGGGAGACUGGAAAAAUGAGUCCUGCAGCAGAGAGUGCCUUGUCAAGCCCUGUGCAGAAAGACCCUCCAGUGAAGAACAUCACCAGCAGAGGCAACUUUGGAGGCAAAAUUCCCAUGGGGAUUUCAUCAAUCAUGUCACCAGACAGACCGGCUGUAGAGCUGACAGCAUUCAAAUCCUCAGGUAACAUUUCCUUCUUCAUCUUCAAUGUUUUUUAUGCCAAUAGUGUUUUCUCUAAUUGCAUUGUGGAGCACGGACCGGAGGGUGGAGGGCAAGUUAUUUUUGCUCAGACUUUAGGAAGUGUUUUACUUCCAUCGUGCCUCAGUGGUUGCAGUCCUGGCAAGGCUGCUGAGGGCUCCGUAUGCACAGGACAGGGCUGCAGCAGGUGAGGAGCAGGGGGUGCCCGGAGGCCCUGCUGCGCUGCCUCUCCCCACAGCACCAGUGGCUCAGCUCGGCCGUGACCCCCUGCAGAGCUCAGCCAUGGGUGCACAUCUCAUAGCACCCAUGUGGCUUUUCCCAGCAUCUCUGCAGCCUUCCUGCUGCCUCCAUGUGUCUGCAGUUUGCUGCACAUCAGCAGUGAAGCUGCAGCUUGCAGACUGGAAGGCAGCAUCCAUGCAGCGGAUGUGGGCAGGCACCAGGCAGCAGCAGGCAGAGCCCAGCACCCCAGGCUGCUUGGCCAGAUCCAGGGGUUGCAGCAGCUCUUUGCUGCCACAGAGUAUUGUAAAGCAACAGCUGCUGCAGGAAGCACAGUGGGUGUUAGGAGUGACUUGCUCCUGGAGAAGGGAAGCCGGGAAAGAUGGGGUGUUCAGACAGGGAUGGAUUUAUGAGCUUAAAAGCAGCCAUUUAGCUUCUUCUAUUUCAGGUUGUAGAAAGGCCAAUGUCACCAUGAAGGUGGGUAGAACUGAAAACAGAAAUCCCUCCUAAGCCCCAGACCUCUGCUGGGCUGCAGUGCUGGGGGGGCAGCAGCAGCUCAGCUCCCCACCCGGCUUUGGGCAGGUCCCCAGCUCCUCUGUGAACAGGUGCAGUGUGUUUUGUUUUUUUUGAUUUGUUUCUUAUCUGUCACUGAUGAGUACUGCAAGCACUCUCAAUGCAGUCUCUGGACGGCGUCACUCAAGCAGACAGUGCAGGGAAGAAGCAGCAGGGAUGGACUGAUAUUAUUUUUUCUUCAUUGUUACAUUUUCUUUUGUCAAGGGAUGCAGUGCAUUAGCAGGUUCUGAUUUUGCUCCAUAUUAAGUGUCUAAGCAGGGCAAGCUUAGACUGUUUUCGAGAAGAUGCCACCCAGAAGCCUUACAGCUUUCCUCCCCACAGUGGACACAUGAACGAGGCAGACAGCGGUGUUUGGGAGUAAACGUGCUGCAGUCCCAGGCUCAGCACUACGCACACUGAGCACGUGCACUGGUGCAUCUCAGCCUCACCUGCUCCUGCCUAUUUUAAUGAGCCACAUUUGUAAUUAAACUCCAGCUGUGUAAA